AUGAUAACUAUUGCAUCAAUCCCUGCGGUGAAUAACGUGCAUAGUGGUGCACUUUUGGUGGAUGUUGCUAAUAAUGGGGGCAACGUUGACCCUGCGUUUGAGGAUUAUACGCAACGACGUGACGCUGAACCUGUUUUUGAUGACGUCUACCAACUCACAAACACAAAUGGGUGUGCAAUUGUCGCUGCUGAAGAAGAUGCAAUAUUUAUUGGUAGAGUUUUUAAAGAUAAUGCGGAAAUGCAAAACACCCUCGCCAUAUAUGCCAUCAAGAGGUUGUUUCAUUUCAAGCUUGCUAAAUUAGAACCAGACAGAAUCAUUUGUUUUUGUAUCGAUCCACUAUGUGCGUGGAGGGUCUUUGGUCAUUCUGUUUCAAAAUUCGAAAUAAGAUUAGCAACUCUGAUUCACACAUGUUCAAUUAUUGUUCGAUCCCAGUAUGAGAAACAAGCUUCUGCAAAAGUGAUAGCUGAGGUUCUUAAAGGAAAGUAUGCUAAUGGAUUGCCUGGACCACGAGCCGUUGAUAUCCCUGCCAUAGUCCUGGAAGAGCUUAAAGUGUCCAUAACCUAUAUGAAAGCAUGGUAUGCUAGGGAAGCUGCUAUUAUCAAAACCCGUGGUAGUGAUGAGUUUGGCUACAAGCUGCUUGCAGUUUACAUGCAUUUGUUGAGAAAAGGUAAUUUAGGGACUAUAUACAAGCUCGAAUUUACUGGUGGGGGCGUGGUUGCGAGCCAGUUUAAGUAUCUAUUCUUCGUGCUUGGAACAUGUAUUGCGGGGAUAAAACACAUGCGGAAGGUUGUUCUGGUUGAUGGGACGAUUAUCAAGAACAAGUUGAAGGGGGUUCUCAUAGCUGCAAGUAUGCAAGAUGCGAAUUUUCAGGUCUACCCAAUAGCAUUUGCAAUAGUUGAUGCCGAAAAUGAUUUGGCAUGGACAUGGUUUUUCAAGCAACUGAGUUUGAUAGUUCCAGAUGCUGCAGAUUUGGUGCUUGUCUCUGAUCACCAUAGAUCUAUUUACGCUGGUGUUCGCAGUGUUUAUCCUCGAACUUUCCAUGGAGCGUGUGCUGUCCACGUUGAGAGGAAUGUCAGAGCAAAGUUUCAUGGUGACGGGCUAUCAAGCCUUGUUGGGAAGGCUGCACGUGCAUUUAACGUUGGUGAUUUCGACGAGUCUUACAAAGAAAUUGCAUUACGGAACAAGAAAUGUGCAGCAUACUUGGGUGCAAUACCACGUGAGAAUUGGACGCAAGCGUUUUGUGAAGCUAAACGGUACAAUAUAAUGAGCAGUAAUAUUGCAGAAUCCCUCAAUGGGGUCCUAGGGAAAAUUCUUGAACUACCGAUAGUUUCAAUGGUUGAGUCAAUAAGAACCAAACUAAUGGAAUGGUUUUGUUUGAGACUGCUGGCUAUGGGGUCGACAAUAAUACCAAAUGUCAACAAGUUAAUGCUGCGACACCAUAUGGCUUAUGCCGGUUUGGCUGUGAAAGGGGUUUCAGCCUGGAGUUUUCAAGUUAGUAAUGGAAAGAAGAUGUACUACGUUGAUUUUCUUAAGAGGACAUCUGCGGCUCGUAUGAAGCAGAUUGACGUUCACACCUUGGUGGGGUUUGUGUACAGUGUUAAACUUUUCGUAAAUGCAUAUGAAAAAUUCAUAAACCCUGUACCUAAUCAUUGUGACGAAGAAGUGCCAGCUGAUGUUGAGGAAACAGAAUUCAUUCCACCGACAAACAAGAAUGGCCCUGGCCGUAGGAGGAAACGAAGGAUCCCGUGCACUGGAGAGUUUAUGGGGGCUAAAAGGCGUAAAAGAGGGCCUAAUAAGUGUAAAAUAUGCUUCGAGUCAGGGCAUAACAGAGCAACUUGCUCUAAUAUGCCUGCUUAA